GUAAGUGCCCCAGAAAUGGGGUAUAUGAAGCUGUGCAACAUCAAGGCCAUCGAUCGAAGGCAUAAUAUGAUGAACCUAGUGGCGGUCCUUAAUAAAACGAUAUCACAGUUUCAGAUACAUUUCAAGAUAGUUAAACGCGAGAGUGGCGGCUGGCAUCCCUUUUUGUACGAUAUCAAAAUGGACAUUUGCCAAUUCUUUAAGAACCGAAGAAGGUUUUUCAUUUCCAAUCUUAUAUAUUCUUUUAUGAUGCCUUUUACAAACGUCAAUCACACCUGUCCAUACUUGGUUGGCUCCGAAAUGGCGCUUUUGAAUUGGACUCCAAACGAGGAAAAAGUUAUAGAGAAAUUUCCAGUGGACCAUGGCCAAUAUGGCAUGCAGACCACUUGGUACGUCAACAAAGUAGCAGCCUUAAAAAUAAACGGAUCUGUUUUAUUUUUCAAAUGAUAAUUACCAGAAAA